CAAGCAUUGUUUACGUUGUCAGAGUCUGCAGAGUUUUGUUGUUGUUAUUUGUGGGUUGUUUUUUUUUAUUCGCUAGCAGCACCCUGUUAACAUCAAGUCUUAUCUUGAUUGUUUAGUUAUGCUUGUUUUGCAGUGAACUGUCAGUGUAAGUGUCUCUGCUUGUUACCAAUAUUUAUAAACGCUUCCCCUCAGCAUAGCUUAGCGUUAGCCGGGCAGCUAACUAAGCUGAUGACGAGGUAAAAAUGGCGGAUCUUUCGAAAUCCAACCCCGGCCUGAAAUAGUAACGCAGCCAGCAAAACAGCUUGUCGCUUUUUUUCUCUCGCUCUUUGCCCCAGUCAGGACCACUUCUGGGCAUUUAUAAAAUAAACGAGUGCAACUCAGCACAGUUUUCUUUUGAUGGCUUUCACCUGGGGACGUGAAGAGAUUCAGCUCAGUCAGCUCUGCGUGUGAAUGUGGUAUGGAGUGGGUAGGGUUCAUAUGUGCGUUUCGGUGGCUUAAUGUUGAGUAGAGUGCAGCAGGACAAAGAUACGGCAGAGAUGAUCGUUGCGGCCUAGCAUCAGCUGUCUGCUUCAGUCAAAAUCAGCACAAGUCAAACGUUACUCAUUCCCACCUCCUUAUUUAUUACAUCUCACGUAAUUACUGAAGUCAUUUACAGGAUUAACAGAAAGCUGAGAGUUUGCAAGCAUGGAUGUAGUGUCACCAGAGCUCAACAGCCUCCUCCCAGAUGAGAUCAUGGAUACUGAGGAUAUAGAGGAUGUUCCUCACUCUCAACCUGGCACCACUGCAGUCCACUCAGAGCCCAGUGAUGAUGCAUCGGUCCCAAUGGAAACUGAUACACCCGUGGCUUCAGAGAACGUGAGCCUCUGUUCAGAUGCCGUUUUAACCGAACCCACUAAGGCUAUGACCACCUCCACGGCCACAGACUCCAUGCUUAGUGCCAGCCCCAGAAGUCCGCCUCCUGUCUCAAAUUCCAGCACAUCGUCUCCUCUUCUUACCAUCAAACCAGCCUUGGCUACUUCGACAACCACAACCAAAACCACAGACAGUGUUACUGGAACUAGUGUGACUACAAGUGGAUUACAGAAGCUCACAACUCCAUUUACAAUCUCUCCUGCAAAUCGCCAGAUUAUUCUCAAUAAGGUGGCUUCUCAAGCCUCAGAAGCAGCAAAGUCUGCAGGUAAUCCACCCCAGGUCAUCAAGCAGGAUGGACAGAAACUUUUGGUUACAGCUAUAGGAAAAUCGGGGCAGCCUAUAGUGCUUCAGUUACCCCACACAGGCAGCAAGCCUGGCAUUUCACAGACUGCCGGAGACACCAAGUCUCAAGCGCCGCAGUUUAAAGUGGUGACUAUAGGUGGGAGGUCAGACCUGAAGCCAGUGGUGGGCAACCAGGUGACCACAUUACAGACCCAGCAGCUGAAGACUGUCCAGAUUGCCAAGAAGACACCAGCAUCCUCAGCUGCACCGAUCAAGUUUAUCAUCACAAAAACUGUUAACAGCAAAGGUAUAAGUGCCCAGACAUCAAUGCCUCCUGUGAUCACAGGACGGGUUCUGACCCAGAGUUCACCAGUGAUGCCCCCGAGGACCAUUACUCUCUCUGAGCCCCACAACACUAAUUUACAAAGUAUCCCUGGCAAAAAGAUUGCCAUUUCCCCUCUCAAGACUCCCAGCAAGGUGACUGUGGUGUCUGUGGCUUCCCCGACCUCCGGUGCUUCUCAGAAGUCUGUAGCACUGCCUGUGAAUGUAGCACUUGGCCAGCAGAUCCUGACAGUCCAGCAGUCAACAUCUGUAUCUCCAGUCAAGGUGGCCACUAGCCAAUCAACAACGCAGAACAUUAAACCUGUGGCUGUUGGAGGAGUGGGAGGUUCCCAGUUUAAAACAAUCAUACCCCUGGCCACCCAGCCCAACGUGCAGCAGAUCCAGGUGCCUGGCAGCAGGUUCCACUACGUUCGCCUCGUCACAGCAACGACAGCGAGCAGCACAGGACAGCCCAGUGGUCCCAGUACCAGCUCUAUACAGACAGCUAAACCUAUGGUGGUCAGUACAGCAGCGGUCAGGAUGUCUGUCCCAGUUGUCCCAGCACAGACCAUGAAACAGGUGGCACCUAAGCCCUUAACAUCAGGACCACAAGUAGUAACCACCACUCAGACUCAGCAACGUUUGAUCAUGCCUGCGACUCCACUACCCCAAAUCCAGCCCAACUUCACCAACCUCCCUCCAGGCACCGUCCUGACACCAGCUCCAGGAGGAGGGAAUGUGGGUUACGCGGUUGUGCCAGCACAAUAUGUCACACAGAUCCAGCAGCCACCAUUUGUGACACUUGCCAGCAGCUCUAGUUUUUCUGCAUCCACUGGUAUCCAGACUCAGGCCAGAUUGCCUCUUAAUGGUUUGUCAGCAGCAGAAACAACCUCAAGACCAAGAAAACCAUGUAACUGUACCAAGUCACAGUGCCUCAAACUCUACUGUGACUGUUUUGCAAAUGGAGAGUUCUGCAAUAACUGUAACUGCAAUAACUGCUUCAAUAACCUGGAACAUGAAACUGAACGUCUCAAAGCUAUAAAGACUUGUCUGGACCGAAACCCAGAGGCCUUUAAACCUAAAAUUGGUAAAGGCAAGGAGGGAGAGUCGGACCGUCGACACAGCAAGGGCUGCAACUGCAAACGCUCAGGCUGCCUGAAGAACUACUGCGAGUGCUACGAGGCGAAGAUCAUGUGUUCGUCCAUUUGUAAAUGCAUCGGCUGCAAAAACUUUGAGGAGAGCCCGGAGAGGAAGACGCUAAUGCAUUUGGCAGAUGCAGCAGAAGUGAGAGUUCAGCAGCAAACGGCAGCCAAGACCAAACUAUCCUCACAGAUCUCAGAUUUGCUCAUGCGGACGACGCCUGUGAUUUCAAGUGGAAGUGGCAGGCUCCCGUAUACGUUUGUAACAAAGGAAGUGCUUGAAGCAACAUGCGAGUGUCUGCUGGAGCAGGCCAAAAAAGCAGAACAGACUCACCAGCCUCAAGUUGAGGCAGAGAGGAUGAUUCUGGAGGAGUUUGGACACUGCCUCAUGAGGAUAAUCAGCUCGGCAGGGAAAGCCAAAUCAGACUGUGCCUCCAUCAACUGCUAGGCCGAGGCCUGUAAAGGCUCUCCACCCUUAACCCUCCUACCAGCUGUGGAGGCUAAGAGAAUGGAUUACUUUUUGCACUCUGUCCUAGACCCCAGGGUUUCUGGCCUGCAGGGAAACAGGUUGUCUCCUUCAUCAAAAGGCAGAACAAUGAACUGAAGGCAGGCAGAUCCCACCCCCACCCCCCUGCCUUAGCCAAGCUGAGGCCAGCUGGAAUAAUAAAAAACAUGGAGCAGUUGUUUGCACUGUUCACCUAUGCUAACAGAAGGAGAAAUGGACUGACUUUGAAGACGUUACCAUACUUGUCCACCUGAGUGUGAUGCACACAAAUGACUGAACAGGAAUACAAAUGUUCUUUCACUUGAUUUUCUUUUUUUUUUCUCCCCCCCCCUCUCCCCCAAAUUUCCCUUCCAAACCUCUAUCAAAUGUUUCCUUCACAUUUGCUCUUCCAUUUCACUCUGGGGUUUUUUAGGUUUGUUUUGAGGUUUAAAAAAAUGCCUGUAAUUUUAUGUAAUCCGUAUAUUUGUGCUUUCAGUAGACAAAAAAAGAAUAUGUAUCUUUUGAUAUUUAUUUUCACAGGUAUUUGUAAUCAUUGUCAGCGCUAAUAUUGUGUGGCUUCAAAUGCUACAACAUGUUAAUUAUUAACCAAGGCUAGGCUAAAUUGUUUUAAUGAGAAAUAAGUAGAUGCAAUCUUUGGUUUUAUCCUAAAUCCAAAUGUAAGAUGAAUACACACACACACACACACACACACACACGCGCACACACACACACACAGUACAGAAUAGUUGUAACUUGGUUACACUGACAGAGGUUCACAUUUUUCCUGGUGCUGUUUUGUUUUCUUAGUUACAUGCUUACUGUACAUUAAAGACCAAUUACACCCACGUGA